AGCCCACCGCCCUGGGGACAGACAUUUCACCAGCAGAAUGGUUGGGAGCAAUAAUAACAAUAAUGAUGGAUUCUUUGCACAGAGAUGAGAGAUAAUCUUACAUUAUUAUUUGCAGAGCAGAAGAAAAAUGGGGAGCCGGAGAGGCCACACCCGAUCGGGAUCUCUCCAGGGGAUUCGAACCUCGGUCGCCAUGGUCAUGUCUACUCCGUUCAGUCCAGGCAGAGAUUUAAACAGACCGGUGGACUAUUCAUCGCGGCUCCGUUCCCCCAAGCGAGCAAAUGCGUGUUCCAUAAUUCCUCGCAGAGACUCUGGAUUCGAAUCCCAGGAGCCCUCGUCCCCGGAAAUAAGCUGCAUAGGGCAAAUUAAACUGAAACAGAAAUGGAGCAAAGCGUCAAAGCGAGGAGAAAAGGGAAGCAAAGAUCGCAAAUUGCUGUCGAAGCUGAAGAAUUUGCUAUUCAGGAGGUGUAUUAAGAAGGCGGAGGAAGCUCCGGCAAUGGAGGAGGAGGAGGAGGAGACUUUUUACCCUUCUUUAGGGCAAAUUAAACGCUAUAUUUCUGGCUCUUAUGACGGAAAAUUUGGCGACAUGUUUGCGGAGGAAGAGCCGACUCUGGCGGAUUCUCAGUGGCUUGUUUUGAAUGGCAAUUCAAAUGCAGGGGAAAAUGGAGGAGAAGGAGAAGAAGCGCCUGGUAUUUGUAUGGAGAAGCAGCUCUGUAUUCCGGCCAUUAAAGCCUUGGACGUCAAUAAUUUGAGCAGAUUUGAGUUGCAGAAACCCUUCUCCACGUGACCAUCGGCUUAUCCUUGGGAGUCGGUUGUAUGUGAAAUGUAAAGUGUAUGAAUAGAGUAAAAUGUUUGGCGGAGUUUGUAGGUUGGCACUUGGUAUAUUCAAUGCCGAUACCAUGGCAUUCCAAUUUCAGUUUUAAUUUUUACUGAAAUAUUUUUUUUUUCAAUCGAAACCUUAAUCAUUGCUCUCUUUCAAUAAAAUUCUCAAGGUGAAGUUAAAGCUGA